UUCGCUGUAAUACCGCGAAUGGCCACUGGGAAAAUUGGCUGCAAGGCUGAGCGGCGGAGCCCUAUCCAGCUCUUGUAAUACAUCCAUGGGAGCCACCAGCUUGUUCCUUCUGAAGUUCCUCUGAGCCUGGGGUGUGACGUCAUUCUCCCAUAAUGCAUGGCUUCCAGCGCGGCGCCCAGCAGUCCAGGCCCGGACUGUCAUAAACAUCUUUAAAACUUGUCCCAAAAUGUCGAGAUGGAGACAGAAUGGAGGCGGGACGGAGAACUGGACAGAGGCACAGUCGGUGGAUAAAGAUGUUCCUGCCUCUCUGAUUCAGCUGCUGUGACUGUGGCACUCAGGGCUGCUGAAUACUAAAAUAGACUGCAGGCUAACACAACAGCUCUUCUCAGGAAACACACAGACCCAGUGAGAGCUUCGAAAGCUCCUCAUCACUGCAGCCCUUUUGGGGUUGCUAUGGCAGCUGCUGUCACAGGAACCAACUGCUGGACACAGGCAUGCCCGAGUGAGGCAGGACAGACCACUAGUCAUUGCCGCAAGAGACAGUCAAACAGUCAACAAACAGCAUUUAGCAUUAACUCUAGCACUCUAAGUUAACUAGACAGCCAGAGAUCAGUACGCUGAUGGUCAGCUCUCUGGAGAAUCCUCAUGAGUCUUGUCUGUGUCUGCUCAGGCUCUUGGCCAGAGUCCCUGUGCAGCAGCAAAGCCAGCACUGUUCCUUCUGUUAGACCAUGUACCACCAGCAGGACCAUCUGAAGAGCCAGCUGCAGGAGAGCCACCCAGCUAACAGGCAGCUCUUUCACUGCCAGGAGUGUGGGAAGCAGUACAACACCCAGCUGGGUUAUAGACGCCACCUGGUGGCAGCCCACAGCGCUGCAGCAGGCCUGCCCUGCACAGAGGGGGCCCCAUCCCUGCUGGAGCACCUGGGUGGCCAUAUUGACAGGCCUCCACCAUCAGAGGGCAACACUAACGCUGCUCUGCCCGUGAGAGAAAGGAAGUACUCAUGUGAGCGAUGUGACCGCCGUUUUUACACCCGUAAGGAUGUACGGCGCCACGCCGUGGUGCACACUGGGCGCCGUGACUUCCUGUGCCCCCGCUGUGCACAACGCUUUGGCCGCAGAGACCACCUGACCCGUCACUUAAAGAAGAGUCACGCCCAGGAGUCAGGGUUGAUGCCACCUGGUACACCCAGCACUCCCGUGGCUACACUCACCCCCCCCACCCAGUGCCCAGCGAAGGAGGAGCCUAACCCUGUGACCUCUGACAUGGGCUCUGUCACCAAGGAGGCCAUGGAGACUUUCUCCAGGGACAUGUACAACUCAUACCCAAUGGCCAAUCCUGUCCCCGGGAUGGGUCAUCCUCAUGGCCUCAUGCAGGGCUCCUUGUCCUCGAGCAUGAAUGUCGGUCACCACAUGCCCCCCCCAUCCUCUCACCUACACCACCAUCACCUGCAGCCACCAGCAGCCCAGCAGCAGCAGUCCUACAGCAACAUGUCCAGGUACCAGCACGGAUCUACCUCAUAUCCUCGCGCCGACGUGGACAGUUUCCUGCUGGACCUGCAGAGCGCCCCCCCACCUCAUCUGAGUGCAGUCAACUCUUCUACCUCUAAUUCUGCCUCCCCUCAGAGGGAGGUGCUGGGUGAAGGGGUGGGUGCCAGCAGCGACCCCCACCUGCUGUCUAGGAGCCCCACUAUCCCCUCAACCGAGCUGUCCUGCACCACUAACAUGGACCUUGGGCCUCUGCUGGGCUUCUUGCCUUUCAGCCUGCCGGCCUACAGCCCUCACAUGGGGAUGGGAGGGUUAGUGAUGAGCUAUCCACCUACCACCACCUCCACCCCCUCUCCAUCCUCUUCAACUGGGCUGUCCUCUCAGGCUCCAGGGCCUUUCACCUUCUUCCAGCCCCCCCAGGCUCAUGUACCCCAGGGCCCUGGAGCCCAUAACCACAGCCAGCUACCUCAGGCAUACAGCAGUCCUGCUAUGAGCACUUCCAGCUCCCUACCUCACUACUACCAGGCCUUUCAGCAGUAAGCAGCUCUGUCCCCUCAAAAUUUGUUGCCUUCACACGUGCUCAUGGAUUUUUCAUGAAAAGGGUCAAAUAUGUGAAUGGCAUCUUUUUAUUACAAAACUUUUUUUUUUGUUGAACACAACAAGUCACCUCAUCAGUAUUACCUCAUAAUUUAAAAAGGAAGCUUGAACAUUGGAGGAAAUGUAGUUGAUCUCACUACAACCAAAAUGGAGUAGCCUAUUAUUUCUUUACCUGUUAACAACCAUGGAUGCACUUAACACACUCGUCACAGGUGCAGCACAAUGCUAACGUCUUCCAGUUUUCAGUCAUUAAGAAAAAUUAUGGAAAAUACAGUGUUGGGAAAAAAAAUUGUAUACAGUGAUGUAUCCUGUGUAAGACAGUGUCACCAUCCUUACUGAGGAUGACCUUUAUAUUUUGAGAGUAUCAGAGCAUUAACAGUCUUACAGAUUGAGAACGGUUGGUUCAAGAUUUACACAUUAUUGAGUGCAUGGGGAAAAAGAUAGACAAUGCAAACUCAGCAGCAGUCUGUAUUCUGCUGGUUAAAUCACUAAAACAUGCAGUAACCCAUCCAGUCACCCCGCAUUACACUAAUUGAUGUGUCCAAGUGCAUCAGAAGACUUAAAUCUAAAAUAACCAAAUGUUACCAUCAACCACUAUUGCAAGUGGUGUUCAUUUCUAUUGAAUUCAGAAUUAGGCCUCAUAAAAAAAUCAGUCUAUUUUAAGUGUAAGUUCAGUAAGACUGCACUUACUAAAGUUUAGGAAGAGUAUUGUAAACCCAUACGUGUCAUUCAUGAUUAGUUAAGUGAACAACCUGUCAAUCGAAAAUGGUACACUGUUGAGGGGCUUGAACUUAAGAGCCUGAAAUUCUGAUGUAACAGACCAGCUUCUCAAGUAAGAACUCUAAAUUGGAAGCACUGCAAAUUUUUAAGACGAAUGAUGUUAUGAUAGGUCACAUCAGCAUUGUGACACAAACUCAAUGCUACACAGCUGCUUUCCCCCAUUUUGUUGCUGUAAUGUAGCGUCACUAGAUUAAAAUGCACUUAAGUUCCAUUUUCAGCAUCGCAGGCCUUAAAAGAAUCAAGUCAUGCCAAAUCAAACCAAACCAUGCUGCUCCACUGCUGUCUAUGGGUAUCUUUUUAAACCUGUUUUUAAGUGUUCUGUGGGCCAGAAUGUUUGACACAAUAGGCACUGUUAAGACACAGAAGUGUUGCUUAGAAUACAUUUUCUUGAACUCCAUAUACUGUAUUAUUGAAGAUUUUGAGGCAGCACAGAUCGCCUGUCAGAUCCAACUGGCAACCAAUGGAUGAACCAAUCUGAUAUUCCUGCCUACUUUUUAAUCACUGCCAGUCAACUACUCAUCUGUGGCUCCCCUCCUGCGAUGCUCCGAGCAUCCUCAGUCCAUCAUGCGUCUCUGUCUGGGCAGACCUUCAGAGAGCAGUGCAGUUGUUCUUUGUUGUAGAACUACUUCAAUCUUAAUCUGCUGUAUUAAAAGGUCAAACUGAGAACUUUGAAAUGUAAAGUUGCUGUCACAGCUAACCAGGUCACUGAUCUCAGGGUUGCUGCCUGUCCCUUGAAAUAGAUAAAAACACCUAUUUAAAAAAGAAAAGCCAUCCCACAGAACCCAGACAUGAAGUCACUCAGGUGUUCAUAGUUUGUUUUGGGAAUUAUGUUGACUAUGAAUUCACCUGGUAGUAAGCAUUCUCUCUAGUGAUUUUUAAGUUGUCACAAUUGUCAGGUUAGUGUUAAGUACCAAAAACAUAAUUCAUUUUAAACAUCCCCCCAGAUCCCCCCCAGUUAAGAUAUGAGUACCACCAACUAAUCAUUGAUUACAUUUCUGAGAUAUCACUGCUGAUGAUGGUUUAAAGGUCCACAUGAUGAAUUAAUGACAUGGAUGGUAUAAAGAGCCUCACAGCCGUGCAUAAUGCCAGCUAUUCUGGCUGUUGGAGAACCUUGCCAGUGCAACACAAUCUGUGAAACUGCACUUCUUUCCCGUUUGUUUCAUUGACAGCUGUACAGACUGGUGGGCAGGUGGUUAAUUGAUAUGAAAACGGCUGGUUCAGGGUGUGUCUUCAUCCAUUUAUGGUCAAUUGUGGGAGUGGAAAUGAGCCUCGUGCAUGUGCGCCCAGUUCCCCAAUGACUGAGAUUUAUAAAGCAUAACCAUGUGUACGCACGGCUUUAUAAACCUUACAAAAAGAAUGCGUAUGUCUACUGGCUUCGUACACACAGUUUAGUCAUGAAUCUACACAGAGUUUUAUGCAUCUGGCCCCUGAUGUCUCCUACUUCACUGUAAAGUCCAUUCUCAGUCUAUGUGCACUGGAGACUUCAAGUUUCUAAAUCAAACUUGUGUAAAUUGCAUACUGGACCAUGAUUGGCUCCAAACUAGUUGUGAUGUCAGAGAUCAUGCUCAUAGGUACACAUUUUAAACUGAGACUUAGGGUAAGCUCAGAGAAACUUUCCUCUUUCAGCAGAUGAAUGUGAACAUAAUGCACAUUCAUCAUUCUGCACAGUGAAGAGAACACCACCACAAUGAAGGAACAAGAAAAAAAGUAUUUUCGAGUAGCAGGGACUUCAACAGUGAAAUGUGUCUUCCAUUAGUCAACGCAAACCCUGUAAAAUAAGAUGUUGCAAGACUACUUCCUCACUCACUGCUGGACUGCUGCUCAGCAGCAUGUGCUCAGUGCUGUUAUCAGUGUCCAUAAGAUACAUGGCAGCAUUACUAAUCUUUAUUAUCUUCAGGCCACCAAUGGCAGAUUUGACAUAGUUUGCAUUGAUUUUAAUAGAACACCUCUCUGUUAAGACCCUUUUUACAUAUGCAGUUUAUCCCUGAAAUGUUCAGGAACAUUUCCUGCAUGGGGUGAUGAGAGCAGGGAUCAAUAUUUAGGGAAAUCUGCCAAUUUCCGUCAAUUUCCCACCUCAAGACCUAGUAACAUUUCAGGGUAAAUGCUAGUACAUCUGUGUUGUGAAUAAAAGUAACAUUGCAGGGACAAGCAUGUAAAGGCUUACAUCUGUCUGAUGAAAGACGCUUUCACGUAGAGUGAGCAAACCAAUCACAAGACUCUGCUGAUGAGGCAUUUGAAUCCCCGACUUGUUUACGUUUGCCUUGCCAGUGUUUUUAUAUCCGGCCUUGCCCCAUCUUCUUCUGUUGAGUUUUAUGGCCGUUGGCACCCAUAAGUUGCAUUACUGCCAUCUGCUGGACUGUCUCUUGCACCAUCUAUUCCAGCAUUGCCAUGUCAUGUGUGAAUAGUGAAAAUCACAAGCAGUGCCUGAAAGGUUAUCCCAGUAAUUUACUGGGAACUAUGUGUGAAAGAAGCUGUAGAAUAACUCAUGUUAUUUGUUACCUUACACCUGCUUGAGCUUUUUAUGCUCUCAAAGUCACUAAGAAAAUUCCCUUGCACCCUCUGAGGUUCUUCAUCAUUCUUCCUAGAACAAAUUUAGCCACCGAGUGACUGAAUGUCCAUGUUCCAUGAGAUGGCAAUCCACAACUGUGACACAUAGUAUGAUAGCUCUGAAUCAGGGCUAGAGAAAUAUGUGAAAUGUUAAAGGGUUGUGGCAUGUAAAGCUAGGAUUUGACAGUCCCUGUAGCAGCUUGAAUGUUUCCACUGCUCACAGAAAAUGUGGGUGGAAAGUUCACCACUAACCUCAGCCUGUGGGAAACAAAAUGUUAUUGUCAUUUUCAAAUCAAACUUCACCUGUAUACUCAUGCCUCAUGACAUAGGGAGGACCAUAAAAGUGCUUUGCAAUAUCUGUCUACAUUUGUGUGUGAAGCAGUCAUUCAGCUGUCUCCAUCUCCGAAUUUCCCUAAGUAGAAGGUGGCAGCCCUAACUACAUGAGGGGACCUGAGGCACUUUGGAACACAAUUUUAAUUUAGGCAAUAGGAAGUCUCAGAGCCUGUUUUUUUUAUUUUCAAUCUGGACAACUGAAGUAAGUUUUGAGAAGAAGUUUUGAUGUAGUGCAGUAUCAGUUCUAGCAUUUUCUCCCAGAGCACUUGUACCUAUUUCCUACUUUUAUUAAUGUCACUGUUAGUAUUGACAGCCCUCUCUCCAAGGCUGUGAAGUUGGAGCUCAAGAGUUUCUAAUGCAAUGGGGAAUGAAAGGUGAACCCCUCUCCCCCCCCCCCCCACCUCCCUCCUUCUCUUGUCACGGCCCCCUCUUCACUUCCAAGGCCUGGUAAAGCAGUGGACAAGCAAUUGGAUUUUGCAGGUUCCCUUUUAACAGUCACACUGCAGCAUGGCAAGAAUAAUGGAUCCUAACUGGCAGCCUUCCAAUAGUGGACGCCCCACUCAUGAAGUCGGACAGUUGCAGUGGAGACGGAGGAGCCCUCCGGAUGGAUGUUGCAAGUGAUUGAUGUGAUUUUGGAAAGAAGAUAUGUAGAGACAAUGCUCUCUCUUCUGCCUUAAUUCCACUGACUGUGUUGAAGGACUCAUUAGCAUUGUCACAAGCUUCCAAGUGUUGCACCAAUGUCUUAAAAUGCUACUGUUGUGCCUCCCUGAGUGUCUAAUCUCCUGACUGGAUUUAAGCACUUAUGACAUUUCUAAAAAAAAAAGGAUGAAUUAGAUCUGUACCUCAAACAUGCAGAACCGUGGGUUUCUGUUUUUAUUUGUAUUUGCUUUUAGAUAUUUUGGCUCUUACUUGUGCCAUUAGAUUGAAACUAUAAAGGUAGAUUUUAUGAAUCUAAAGUCUUUAUCUAGCGGCAGACAUUGACAUUAUAAUUCAAACUUUCUACCUCUACCUUGCCAUAUAUCUUUCUGCAGAAUCAUUAGAAAAUGUUUUAACCUGUAACAGUUAGGCAGUUUUACCACUGUUGAAGAUGAGGGUGUGUUUAAAAAUUCAACUUUGAAGGACUGGGUACACACUCAAGUCCUGGUGGUGUAUUCCAGAGUCAAGCAUUGUUCUCUAUACUUGCCUUUAAUGAUAUUUCUACUUAUUUACUACCUCAGAGAAGAGACAGGAGACUGUCUAUCUAACUGCAGAGAAAAUGUCUGUAGAGUUUUAUUUUUGUCAGAGCAAGCACAUGUACUUUGUAGCUCCAUAGUUUUUUACUGAGGUUAGCUCACAGCAGAAUGAUGUCUAACACAAGCACCACAUUGCCUGUCAGUUCACACUGCAUUUGUUCUGUUCUAAUGUUGUCUGUGCCUCUUCAUUCUGGAAUGUGUACUCUGUUUAUGAAUUAAUGUACAGACAAUACUUGCAGUUCACCUAAAAGCAACACUUACUUUUCCAAAUUGGUGUUCCUGCCCAUUGAUGCAAAUGUGUCAAGAAAAAAAGCCAAACAUCUGCUGGUUUCAGCUCCUCCAGUGUGAAGUUGCACUACUUUUCUGCUACAAAUCUAUUACACAUCAUGGUAAAUUGAAUAUUUUUUGUUACCCUUGAAGCAGACAGAUAAGGUAUUUGAAGACCUUAGAGAGGGCUCUGGAAAUGAUGAUAUUCGUCAUUCUUUUCUGACGUUUUAUAGACUGAUCUUAUGGAGUACUUGCAAAAAUACUAGCAUUUGGAUUGUGGUAAUUUGAUCAGUUACAAAUUUGGGAAUAUUCACCACUUAAGCAAAAUAUCUCAAAUGAUAAGGGUCCUCAAGGUGGGAUCUGCGUUAUGAGAAGACCUCAUAAUUUCCUUCCCAGGAAAAUGGCAACAUUGGUCUUUUGUAAUUUUAUCUGUUAACCAAAUCAGAGAAGUAGAUGUAAUGUUAGUGGAAGUCACUGAGAUGCUGAGAGAAUUGUCAUAUAGUUUUGGAAGGCAGUGACAGUUAUUUUGUCAUUUAGUUUUGAGUUGUUAAUUAGCUGUCUUGCCAAAUUUACUAGUGUAUAUUCCUAAAUACACUGUGUCUAACACAAUUGCUACAAACACAUGGAGGGCCCCUCAUAAGGUCAAUGCUUUUAAGGUACCCACAACUCCAGGACCUCAAGUCAUAUAUGACCUUAUUAGACUGUUUUAUGUCAACUGGUGCUGCAUAGCUAAGGACAUGUUUAAAGACGUGACAGUCUGUCUGUACAUCAACACAAGUUUACACAUUCCAGGCUGAACUGACGUAGUGAAGAGGUGCAGGGCAGAGCACACAGGGGAAACCAGACUUCAUUUCACUGAAUGAUUGUUCAGUACUGUCAUGUUGCCUGCAUUGAGGUUGGCUCAGAGAACCACUACAAUGCAGGCUUCAUCACCAUUAACUUAGAUACAUUUUGCAUUAGGUGUUUGUAUCAUUACUUAAUAGACUAGAAAACAGUGAGAAGAAAAGGAGUUGUAAUUUUCUUAUUGUUUGAACGUAAAGUAAUACAAAGUAAAUAAAUCUUUAGAUUUCCA